AUGUCCCUCGUCGCCACGGUAACAUCGGCCGCCGCUACAGCCGUGUCGGCCGCCUCGGCCGCGUCCGCGUCCGUAAAUCCGUCCGAUGCGCCGCUCUACGGUCCCAUGACGCCCAGUCUCCCGUUCAACACCGCGAUGGCCGCGAUCUUCGGUGUACUGUUCAUCGCCCAAGCCAUCAUCGGCGUAUGGACCCGCCAAUGGUGGUUUUUGGUGUCGUUUCUCAUCGCGUGCGGCCUCGAAGUCGCCGGUUACGUUGGUCGCGCUUUGGGCCACAACGAUACCACCAAUAUUGACGAUUAUCUGUUACAGUUCAUCUGUCUGACCAUCGCACCCGUGUUCACUAUGGCCGGGAUCUACUAUCAGCUGGGGAAACUGAUCGAAAUCUACGGCCAUAAUUUUGCACUGUUCAAAAAUCCCAUGCUUUACUCUUACAUUUUCAUCGCUUUCGAUGUCAUCUCGCUUAUAAUCCAAGCCCUUGGCGGUGGUAUGGCUGGCUCCGCCGCUGCAAACUACGAAAACUCGGAUACCGGCGAUCACGUUUUCGUGGGCGGGCUGGCGUUCCAGGUGGCCUCCAUGACCGCGUUCUUGUACCUGUGGUUUCACUUGGUGUACCAGAUUUUCGUCGCCACACGUAUGGAGCACGCCGGUGUCACUAGACCAAAUUGGUCUUUGAAAUCCAUCUCGCAACUCGAUUUGGACCACAAGUACCGUCCCAAAUUCGAGUUUCUGCGAAUCCAUCCUCAACGCUGGAUUUUCGUCUAUUUUCCAUGGGCCCUGACCUUUUCUGUGAUUUUCGUGUACAUUCGGUGCAUAUACAGAGUCGCUGAGCUUGCCGAGGGCUGGAGCGGCAAUCUGAUCACUCACGAGGUGUAUUUCAUCAUCCUGGACGCGCUCAUGAUCUCGCUGGCAACCACGAUUUUGACCGUGUUCCAUCCAGGCAUCGCUUUCAAGGGCCAUAGUGUCAAAAUUCCAAUUGAGAAAGCAUCCAAAUCUCAAGGUUCAGACUUCAACGCCCACACAAUUUCCGAUUCUUCUUCAGAGGCUUUUGGAUACAACGACAAAGAAACGGAACCACGGCAACCACUACCAAGGCCUCUUUCUGCCGUUCCGUUAGAAGCUCACUCAUUGCAAGAAAUUCGGAAAUCUACCGACCGUGCGCACCUUGCUUAG